AUUCAUCCACCCAUUUUUUGAUAGCGCCUGAAACAUAAUAUUAUUUGUAAUGAUUUUCUCACCGCAAAUAGUAAAAACUAUAAAACUGUACCUUUUUUUUUUUCCUCACUUCUUCUUUCUUGUCCCAAAAAAAUGCUUCUUGUUCCUACCUCAAAACACACUAUCCCUGUUCACCCUUCAACGGAUGGCUGGGAGAAACAACAACUAUCUGUGGAGAGACAUGAAUACCCUGCCAAAAGCAACGCCAACAGAAAGCUCGCAUUCUUAUUCUCUCAUUCGAACGGCUUCCAUAAAGAAUCCUUGCAUCCUCUCAUGAGAAGAUUCAUUAACCAUUUGCGUAGUUUACAAGAGUAUGACCAGACCGAUAUCACCAUGGUUGCUUGGGAUGCACGUACACACGGUGAUUCUGCUCGCUUAAACGAAGGCAUUUUUGAGGAUUCAUAUAGAUGGUCUGAUAAUGCAUUGGAUACGCUGCAAGUAAUUGAAGAAAUGGAACUUAACACAGGUUAUGAUAAAUUGAUUGGUGUAGGUCACAGUUUCGGUGCUUCUUCAAUGAUCUUGUUAGAGUUCUAUUAUCCCAAUACAUUUGAUGCAUUGUGUGUGAUUGAGCCUGUCAUGAACAGAGUCUUUUUGGCUGGUGAGCUUCAAGCCAUGGUACCUGUGCUUGCCUCCAGAAAGAGACGCGAUGAAUGGCCUAAUCGUGAGGAAUGUCACAAGUCUUUGGCAUCAAGAGGCUUUUUCAAGCUAUUACACCCUGAAGUUUUGGACAAUUACGUGAAUUAUGGCAUGUAUGAUACCGAGGAGGGAACUAUCAAGCUCAAAUGUCCAAGAGAGUCCGAAUACCACAUUUUUAGAAACGCACAGUAUGAUACUGCUGUUGCAAUCCGAUCACUGAAAACAAUCACUAUUCCUAUUCAUUUCGUAUAUGCAUUGGGUUCCUCAUUCGUUGCACGUGAUGAAGCUGCUAGUGUAAUUGAUGAGAAUCGAAAGAUGAUUACACUUGAAUUUGUUGAAGGCACACAUAUGGUGCCCAAUGAGACACCCGAGAUUAUCAUUCCUCACAUCAUGAAGACCAUUUCAAGAUUAAACAAUAAAGCCAAGCUUUAGUAAAAAAAAGAAAAGAAAAGAAAAAUAGACAUGUUUUUUGCCUCUAU